CUAUGGGCUGCAACUUCAUUGCUCAGCCUACCACCUAUCUGGGUCUCUGAUUUGGAAAAGGGACGAGAAGGUAGAAGAGAAAGAAAAAGAAAGAAAGAAAAAAAAGCAACCAAGGGGGGUGGCGCACCUAAUGCGCACAAAACCACCGUCUUCAUGAACGACGCAUAUGACUCUGAGGACGGCCAUGGUUCCCCCCGUCUACAGGCCCAGGAGGUCAACUAUAAGCUCGAGCCGGAUGAUCCGCCAUUCCUCCUCAAUGAGCGCCGCUUGUCCCCUGAGGGCAAUACCACUGGAAGCCCUACAGACAAGGGAACGCAUCCGAACGGUCUCCCCCCGGACCGACCUGAUAUUGCAGAGUAUGAGAAUGAGAAUCCACACAACAUAGGUUUGCUGCCAGAUGAUGACCCGGGCCCGUCGACAAAAUCGUUCUUGAAGUUCAAAGCAGAGCCUGCCGAGCCACCUGUGCAUCCAUCACAGCCGGUAUCACAACCGCCAUCGCACUCGCCUCAAGAAUUACCCCAGGCAGCUGCGAGUGCCCUUUCGUUGUUGAUUGCUAGAGAGUCCCCAGAAACUGAGACUAAAAAUCUGCCAACGGAUGGGCCCAAGCUCGAGCCGAGGUCGCCAAACCAACCUCAAAAACAGCAACCUCAUUUCAACUCGGAUUUCAAACGCCAUGUUGAGGCGUCAGAGAACCAUCAUUUGCAAAAGAGGUUCGAGCCUGGGCACCUGGACCAAGAGUUGCCCCCGAUUCUCAAGUCGCCUCCUCAGCCAGCAUCGGCACGUUCACCACACAACAAUCAUCAGAACUUGCCCUCACUACAGUCUGCCCUGGGUGAACUUUCCGGUAUCCCCCCUAAAGAACCACCAGGGCGGGUCAACGGUACUUCUCCAUAUUCAUUCCCAUCCGUUACAAGCUCCUCCCCAUCAUUACCACGAAAUGAAAUGGUCCGCGAACGUCCACUUCCUCCAGCAGCGCAAUACCCCACGCCCCAAAUACCCCUUAGUCCCUACUCUCAUCUGUCGCCUGCAAGCUCAAAAGACAUGUCAGCUGUGUCUUCCCCAGCAUCACAACCGCCUUAUCCCAGAAAGUCAGACAUAUCAUACGUUACCACGAGCUAUGAAAUUUCCCCGCAGUCAGCCCAAAGCCCAGCCACAAGUUAUCCGACACCAACUGAACAAUCAACGGUCGGGACUUGUGACCGAACGCCCUAUGGUUCAAAUACGCAGCCCAAUGGGAGCAUUCCUACGGGAAGUUAUAAAUGUCGCCAUCCAGGGUGUAAUGCUCUGCCUUUUCAGACUCAAUAUUUAUUAAAUUCCCAUGCAAAUGUGCACUCUCAGGAUCGUCCUCAUUUCUGCCCCGUCGAAGGCUGUCCUCGAGCUUUGGGCGGAAAGGGCUUCAAACGGAAAAAUGAAAUGAUUCGACAUGGCCUCGUCCAUAACUCUCCAGGAUAUGUAUGUCCGUUCUGUCCGGAUCAGCAACACAAAUACCCACGCCCAGACAAUCUUCAACGACAUGUUCGAGUCCAUCAUGUCGACAAGAGUAAAGACGAUCCAGAAUUACGACAAGUGCUCGCUCAAAGGCCCGAAGGCAGCACGCGGGGGAGGCGACGUCGAACAAAUACAUAACGUCGAAAUGACCUUGAAGAUGAUUUUCUCAGCACUGUCGGGAAUCACGCGGUCAUCUUCAUUGUAUACUGCACAUGCAUUUACGAAGUGUUUUUGUUGGUUGAUCCUUAUUAGUAUUAUUUUUUGCCUUGAUUUUUGUUUUCAUCCAUGAUACCAGUUGUCUAGAGUCAUGAUGAUUUAUUGUCAUUCGUUUUUCGUGUUGGCAUAU